ACAGAGAGAGAGAGAGAGAGAGACUGAGAGACUGAGAGAGUCUUAGAGAGAAAAAUGAAAUACUGGAGGGAGGGAGCACCGGAGCAGCCGAGCAGGGAGCGAGCGAUCCGAUCUCAAGCGGCGUUGACGACGAUGACGCGGAGGGGCGAGCGACGACUGGCGGAGGGGCGAGCGAGCGAUCCGAUGAACCUUGAGAUCUCCGUCUGUUGCUCGGGGCGAGCGAGCGAGCGAUCCGAUCUCAAGCGGCGACGGCAUUGCAAAGAACCCGUUGCUCUGUCUUUAGGAUUUUUUUCAGGUCAGGGUGUUCCUAGGAACACCCUGAGUUGUAAGUGGCGCCGCCACUGUAGGUGGGUGCGGGUGCCAAGCUCGAAGAGUAGGCCAUCUGGCACGACCUUGGUCCGCUAUCGCAAGCAAUUAGUGACAAUGCAGCCAGACCAGAUUGUGUGGCAGCCAUACGAGGUAGACUUCGGCCACCUUCCUGAGUUCUGCGUUGCAGGGAGGGAUACGUGGACAGCGAGGGUGCCGCUUGUGUGUUUUUGCAUAGUAGAGAGACACUACCCGGACCGUGUCCUUCGACAGUUUGGGUUGGCGCAGCAGCAGCCUGACAAUGCUGUCUACGAUGAUAGACUGCAUAAAAUUGACUUACGUGGGAAGGUGGAAAAGAAUUGGAGGGAGGAGCAUGGACCGUAUAUCAUUUCAUGGGAAAUGAGACGACAACAACUUUGUCAUGCACCUCCUUAGA